AUGGCCACUACAGUCAACCCAAAACGGUCAAAUCAAUGUGCAACAUGUAAAUUAUCAAAUGAAAAAGGGCAUGUUGUUGCAAUAUGCGUGGGAUGCUCACAAACGUUUUGCACCUUACAUUAUCCGCAACAUCGACAAAUGAUAGAAGCACGGUUCGAUCGACUCUUGGAUCAACACGCACGUUUUCAUCAAGAUUUGAUACAAACCGAAGAUAAAGAUCCAUUUCAGUUAAUGCAAGAAAUUGAUGAAUGGCAAACGGAGAUGAUCGACGCGAUAACCACAAUAGCUACAAAAGCCAAACAAAACCUGACCAAAACGUUGAACAAAGACAAAGAAGAAGUGAAGCGCAAAUUCGAAGCACUCACAGACACUUUACGUGUGCAAAAGUCAAAUAGUGGCUACCAUGAAAACGAUGUCGAACAGUGGAAACAACAACUAAUAGAAUUAGAACAGCAACUGCAGCAGCAACAAACAUCCAACAACAUCAAAAGCAGAAUUCAACUGAAGCUGAACAGAUCAAUCGACUUCACAAAACUGAUCGAAAUACAUGCCAUACCCAAUGCUCAAUCUAUUCCACCAACCGCGCAUCCACCAAAAAAGCACCUGUUUCUCGGUGGAACACUACUAAACGACAAACAGUAUCAAGUAAAACUAAAUGAAUUCUACGGCAAACACGAUCAACAAUGGGUCCUGAUCUACAAAGCCACACGAGACGGCUCCGCGUCAACUGCUUUCCAUAAAGCAUGUGACGGAAAAGGACCAACAAUCACCAUCUUUCAAAGCGAACAAGGCGCUUAUCUUUUCGGAGGCUACACAGCUAUUCCAUGGAGUUCAGAACUGGCUGUUAAAAGCGACGCAACAGCAUUUCUCUUCACUUUGACCAAUCCGCACAACCUACCAGCUACAAACUUCCUUAUCGACAAACAAAAACAACACGAAGCAAUCACCCGUUCUCCCGAAACGGGACCGAUAUUUGGUCGUAGUAGUAGUAGUGUUAGUAGUCUUAGUCUUUUUGCUAGUCUUAGUAGUAGUAGUCUUUUUGCUAGUCUUAGUAGUAGUGAUUUUCUUAGUCUUUUUGCUAGUCUUAGUAGUCGUAGUGAUUUUGCUGUUAGUGCUAGUCUUAGUCUUCGUAGUAGUAGUAGUGAUUUUAGUGAUUUUGCUGUUAGUGUUAGUGCUAGUGCUCUUAGUCUUAAGGGGAAGGUUUUGGUUUUUAUUGGUUUUCCUCGUGUGUACGUGGAUUCGUCUGGUUACGGCUGUAAUACGUUUGUUGGUUUGGAUAGGUGCCUCUGUAAAGAGAUUGAAGUUUAUGGAUUGCAUUAA